AUGUAUUAUGAGGGUCACUUGGAAGGAAGGCGCAAUAAACUCAAGAAUCUUAUCGCCAAGGCCCAUCCAAACAUCUUCCGCUUUGUGACCAACAUCAAGAACAUUGAAGCUGUGAACAAAAUCGUGAUCUCGGUUCCCUUCCCAACACUCGUAAGCGUGUAUAUCGUGACCUUCACUCCAGAAUUACAGUGUAUAAACAGCAGCAGGGAGAUCGUCGUAUACGUCAUCCGCGGGGAGGAUCACGUUGCCGGCGACGAAGCUGGUCUUGAAGUUUACACACCUCUUUUCGAUCAUCGUCUUGGAAGCAGGUGUGUCAGCAAAUCUCGGACUGGCCAAGCAGCAUCCGGGCAAUGUGACCCCAAUAAAAGAGUAGAACAUACAGCAGGACAGAACAGAACAUACAACAGGACAGAACAGAACAGAACAUACAACAGGACAGAACAGAACAGAGCAGAACAUACAGCAGGACAGAACAGAACAGAGCAGACCAUACAGCAGGACAGAACAGAACAUACAACAGGACAGAACAGAACAGAGCAGGACAUACAGCAGGACAGAACAGAACAGAGCAGAACAUACAGCAGGACAGAACAGAACAGAGCAGAACGCACAGCAGGACAGAACAGAACAGAGCAGAACAUACAGCAGGACAGAACAGAACAGAGCAGAACAUACAGCAGGACAGAACAGAACAGAGCAGAACAUACAGCAGGACAGAACAGAACAGAGCAGAACAUACAGCAGGACAGAACAGAACAGAACAGAACAUACAACAGGACAGAACAGAACAGAGCAGAACAUACAGCAGGACAGAACACAACAGAGCAGAACAUACAGCAGGACAGAACAGAACAGAGCAGAACAUACAACAGGACAGGACAGAACAGAACAGAACAGAACAUACAGCAGGACAGAACAGAACAGAGCAGACCAUACAGCAGGACAGAACAGAACAUACAACAGGACAGAACAGAACAGAGCAGGACAUACAGCAGGACAGAACAGAACAGAGCAGAACAUACAGCAGGACAGAACAGAACAGAGCAGAACGCACAGCAGGACAGAACAGAACAGAACAGAACAUACAGCAGGACAGAACAGAACAGAGCAGAACAUACAGCAGGACAGAACAGAACAGAGCAGAACAUACAGCAGGACAGAACAGAACAGAGCAGAACAUACAGCAGGACAGAACAGAACAGAACAGAACAUACAACAGGACAGAACAGAACAGAGCAGAACAUACAGCAGGACAGAACAGAACAGAGCAGAACAUACAGCAGGACAGAACAGAACAGAGCAGAACAUACAACAGGACAGGACAGAACAGAACAGAACAGAACAUACAGCAGGACAGAACAGAACAGAGCAGAACAUACAGCAGGACAGAACAGAACAGAGCAGAACGUACAGCAAAACAUACAGCAAAAGAUUGGGCAGAACAGAGCAGAUCAUAAGGCAGACAGCUAUUCUGAUGGCAUCCCUAGGAUACGUAGUCCCAGACAUUGUCACCCGACUUCUUAA